UAAGUCCCAAGUCCUCAUUUCAUCACACACUCUCUGAACUUUGUUCUUUUAACGCUGUACAAGUAGGAAAAAGUUUAAGAAAAUUUCAGACUAAACACAGCUGUUUUCCUUUCCCGCUCCUAAUGUUUUUCUUUCUAGAUAACAGAGUUAUAGAAUAAAGUAUAGCAAGAAAAGAAGGGAUAAGGUUGGGAAUAAAGGUCAUUUCUUGUAAAGGCACAAGCUUGAGACUUGCGACUGAGUUCUCAAUGCUAAUCAACAUGGUUUCGAGGCUAGUAAUGUCGAAUGUGUUGCUGAUGUUGUUAGUGUUAUUGGGUUCAUGUGUUUUUUCCGGAUUAGCUUCUGUGUCAUAUGACCGAAAUGCUAUAAUUGUAAAUGGCCAAAAAAGAAUUCUUAUUUCUGGAUCUAUUCACUACCCAAGAAGCACCCCUGAGAUGUGGCCGGAUUUAAUUCAGAAGGCGAAAAAAGGAGGCAUAGAUGUGAUUCAGACUUAUGUUUUCUGGAAUGGGCAUGAGCCUGAACAAGGCAAAUAUUACUUUGAAGAGAGAUAUGAUCUAGUGAAGUUUAUUAAGCUAGUGCACCAAGCAGGACUUUAUGUGCAUCUCAGAGUUGGACCUUACGCUUGUGCUGAAUGGAAUUUUGGGGGUUUCCCUGUUUGGCUGAAGUAUGUUCCAGGUAUCAGUUUCAGAACAGAUAAUGGGCCUUUCAAGGCUGCAAUGCAAAAAUUCACUACCAAGAUUGUUAAUAUGAUGAAAGCAGAACGGCUGUACGAAUCUCAGGGUGGUCCUAUAAUACUAUCACAGAUUGAGAAUGAAUAUGGGCCAAUAGAGUUGAGACUAGGUGAAGCAGGUAAAUCUUACUCAGAAUGGGCAGCAAAAAUGGCGUUGGAUCUUGGGACAGGUGUCCCAUGGGUCAUGUGCAAGCAAAAUGAUGCUCCAGAUCCUGUCAUAAAUACUUGCAAUGGUUUCUACUGCGACACCUUCUCACCAAACAAGGCUUAUAAACCCAAGAUGUGGACAGAAGCCUGGACUGCAUGGUUCACUGAAUUUGGAGGUCCAGUUCCUUAUCGUCCUGUUGAGGACUUAGCAUUUGGUGUUGCUAAAUUUAUACAGACUGGGGGCUCAUUCAUCAAUUACUACAUGUAUCAUGGAGGAACAAACUUUGGUAGGACUGCUGGUGGCCCAUUUAUUGCUACUAGUUAUGAUUAUGAUGCACCACUUGAUGAAUUUGGAUUGUUACGGCAACCUAAGUGGGGUCAUCUGAAAGAUCUGCAUAGAGCAAUAAAGCUUUGUGAACCAGCUUUGGUAUCUGGCGAUCCAACUGUGACAUCCCUUGGACACUAUCAAGAGGCCCGUGUUUUUAGGUCGAAGUCUGGGGCGUGUGCUGCAUUCCUUGCAAACUACAACCAACAUUCUUUUGCUACAGUGGCCUUCGCGAACAGGCAUUAUAACUUACCACCCUGGUCUAUCAGCAUUCUACCCGACUGCAAGAACACCGUAUAUAAUACUGCAAGGGUUGGUGCUCAAAGUGCUCUGAUGAAGAUGACUCCAGUAAAUAGGGGAUUUUCUUGGCAGUCAUACAAUGAUGAGCCAGCAUCUUAUGAAGACAAUACUUUCACGGUUGUUGGGUUACUGGAACAGAUAAAUACCACAAGAGAUGUGUCGGAUUAUUUGUGGUAUAUGACCGAUGUCAAGAUUGAUCCAAGAGAAGGGUUUUUGAGUAGCGGAAAAUGGCCUUGGCUUAGAGUCUCUUCAGCUGGUCCUGCUUUGCAUGUUUUCGUGAAUGAUCAAUUAGCAGGAACUGUAUAUGGAAGUCUAAAAAGCCAGAAACUUACUUUCAAUAAAGCAGUAAAUCUGAGAGCUGGUGUAAACAAGAUUUCUCUGCUAAGCAUUGCUGUUGGUCUUCCGAAUAUUGGCCCACAUUUUGAGACAUGGAACACUGGUGUUCUUGGGCCAGUUUCACUCAGUGGUCUUGACGAGGGCAAAAGAGAUUUAACAUGGCAGAAAUGGUCUUACAAGGUUGGUCUAAAAGGAGAAGCCUUGAAUCUUCAUUCGCUCAGUGGCAGCUCGUCUGUUGAGUGGGUUGAAGGCUCUUUGGUGGCUCAGAGACAGCCUCUCACCUGGCUCAAGACCACUUUCAAUGCUCCAGCUGGAAAUGAGCCUUUGGCUUUAGAUAUGAAUGCCAUGGGCAAAGGUCAAGUGUGGAUAAACGGACAAAGUCUUGGACGAUACUGGCCUGGAUAUAAAGCAUCUGGUACGUGUGGUGCCUGUAACUAUGCAGGUUUCUUUAGUGAGGAUAAGUGCCAAAGUAACUGUGGAGAGGCCUCACAGAGAUGGUAUCACGUGCCACGUUCUUGGCUGCAUCCUACUGGAAACUUGUUAGUUGUAUUUGAAGAAUGGGGAGGGGAUCCCAAUGCGAUUUCUUUGGUCAAGAGAGAAUUAGCAAGUGUCUGCGCAGAUAUAAAUGAAUGGCAACCACAGUUAGUGAAUUGGCAGAUGCAAGCAUCUGGGAAAGUUGACAAACCACUCAGGCCUAGAGCGCACUUAAGUUGUGCUCCUGGUCAAAAGAUUACUUCAAUCAAAUUUGCAAGUUUUGGAUCACCACAGGGGGUUUGUGGAAGCUUCAGGGAAGGAAGCUGCCAUGCCCACCACUCAUAUGAUGCUUUUGAAAAGUAUUGCAUCGGGCAAGAGUCGUGCACAGUACCUGUGACGCCAGAAAUUUUUGGUGGUGAUCCAUGUCCAGGUGUUAUGAAGAAACUCUCAGUCGAAGCUAUCUGCAGUUGAUGAUACUGAGGAUAAACAAACAAACAAGGUUUCAGCUAGUACUAUUAUACACGAUAGCAAUAGUUAAGUAUUCUUUUUCUGAAUUAUUUCAAGAAGCUACUUCACAUCCAAGGAUCACCAAAAUCAUUUUUUGGCUUCACUGAGGGUGAAGUUGUACAGAUAUGCAACACAUCCAAAAGGUCAAAGCUCAUAUUUAUUGAAAAACUACGGGGGAAGAUUCUGUACAUUGUAUAAGUUACUGUCAGAUUGGUUGGUGUACGCCUGUGUUCUGUAAAACAAGAGUUUGAGUUGGUCCAAGUGCACAUCUACAUGAUUCUUGAUGUGGCCGUGUGCAGUAUUUUUAGUGGUAGAAUCUAUAAGCCCUUUUCAGUUGAGGGAUUUCAAUAUUGUAUUUAUCUACGUAAGAAAGCAAUUAUUCAUUGCUCUGCACUAGUAGCAAUGUUACUGUGACGUUGCAAUAACAUCAAGCUCUCUUUUAAGAUGUUUUCUCUA